AGCGUGCGGGACUGUCAGCUCCCUCACCGGUGGAGAACAAGCAGCUUUUGUGCGCUCCCCCUUCCUUCCCCGGUGCAGAGAGAGGGGGAGUGUGUUUGCCACUGUGUCCAAGGAGAGACGGAGAGAAGUAUCCUCCAAUCAGCCAUUAGUGAUGUCUCUGAUGUUGUGAGCCUGCUGAUGGGGGAUUUAUCACUGACCUAAGACUGAUGCUCAACACUUCACCCACCUGGAAUAUACUCGCCGUGGCUUUGAUUCCUUUUCUUACAUAAAAAAAGACUUUAACGUGGAUAUUUCUGCCAGCAGAGGACAAAGGGAGGAUUAAACUGGACAUGCUUCAUUUCGUUUUCUUUUUUUCCAGCAGCGGACUGAAGACGGACUAACUUUGACAUGUGCAUUUGAGUCGUAUACUCUCAGUAAUUUGUCCCAUUCGUGCUAUGUUUCACUCUAAAAGCAGGAAAUCUAGGGAGCAGGGAAUCUCUGAAGACACUCCACUGCAGCAAUCAUGUAGGACUGAGUGGGGCAGUUAGAGGUGAACGGGAGACGGAGCGGAUGACAGUUGGAAACACACCUGCCUGCUGAGCAUGUCUGGCUCCUCACUCGGGCUUGAUGAUUGGCUGCCUGCUCUGGACAGUUUGACAAUCAGGUUUUUUUUUUUCUCCCCCCCUUCCCCAGGUUAUCAUGCUUCUCAUUAAGAGAUAGCUUUUCCUGCAUCUGCAUGUGAGGCUGAUAGUGUGUGAAGGAUUACACAGCCACUAGAAAGGAUACAGGUGUAGGGGAAGCCUUCAGUGGGGAUUAACUCCAACACCUUUGCUGAUGGCGGCGCAGAACGCCACGGACGUUUCACGCAGGACUCUCUGGAGAAGAUUAAAGAUAAAGGUCUGAGCAACAUAAGACUCCGAGGGCGAGGGAGAGGAUAGAGAAGAAAGUUCCCUUUAGAGUCGACUCCCUCCCUGCUCGUCCUGGAAGGAUGCAGACUGAAGCUGAUCUCAGAGUAAAUACAGAUCCACAGUGUUAGGCUGUUUAUGACCGCUUCAAAAAAGGACAAUUUAAAUAGUUGCAAAGCAAGAGAGGAUGUGUCUCCAGGGGUUUGUAAUACAGUAGAUUUACUGCUUUUGUAAAUGAAGUUCUGAGCUCUAUAAAAACCCAGCAAGCACAAAAUCAAACCGUCCAUAUCCAGAAAUCUAAUCAAGGUUCAAGAGGUCAUCAAUUUAAUCAUAACGCAUCAGUUUCAUUAUAACCCAUUACGUCGUACCCAGGAGCAGUCUGAGCGCUGAGUGUGCAAUAGCUGACGAUCAAUGAUCCAAUACUUUUCAUGGACAAGAGAAAGACAACUCACUUCAACAACUUACAGUUACAGUUUUUCAUUUGGUUUCUCUCAGAGAUGAGGUUUGAUAAAUAAGCUCUCCACCGAUGGCAGUUCUGCUCAGAGUUGAAAGGAAUUUGCCAGAGUUGUGAAGCUUGUUGUCUCCCAUCGGGACACGUCUGCAGGUGUGUAUUGGUCUUAUCUCAGCGGCGCAGCAGGAGCUUACAGGUGCCGGCUAAUGGUGUCCCGGGCACGGCCUUAGACGGCUCCUUCAUCCCCGGGUCUCCGCUCACAGAGCUGCAACUCCCACAUCUUUAGCCACACGUUGAUCCUUAAGAAGAGGAAGCUUUCAGGUGAGCCCUUUUAUCUCUGGCCGCGCUAGCCAGGCCUUCAGAGGACCCGGAGAGCCUGGAGAGCCGGAGGAGCUCAGCAUUGGACUGGGGAGAGAUCUUUUAUACCUGCAUUGUUUGGGGGUGUAGCAGUGGGAGGGUGGAGGAGUUCAGGUGCAGCAGAGUUCUGCUGGGAGAACUGCAGCGUUAUGUUUCUGACUUGAGAAGCAUCUAAUUCCCUAAAACAAUCCCCACAUCUACUAAUAAAGCACAAACCAGCAGGAUAUUUGCAGUGUUUUCUCCAGAUCCAGUCUACUGUUGAUCCCUUUUAAAACUGCACAAAAAAAGAUUCAUUUAAUGCUGAAAAAUCAGCAAGAAGUGCACAAAAACGUGCUGCUUUUUAGUUGUUUUUUUUUUUUUUUUUUUUUUUUGCCCGAAGUGGAAACUAAAUGACUAUUUGAAUUGACUCUGGAGUGUUACAUUUGGUCUGUGAGCGAAACGCAAGACAGGAAGACGGUGACAAAGCCAGUUAAAGUGUCGGGGAUGUACUGCGUGUCCCUCUGAAGAGGACCAGUGUUGCACACCAGCACCUCUGAACGAGGGUGGGGCUCUCUCUCUCUCUCUCUCCCACCGCCACAGACAAAGAAUCCUGCAGCCAGGGCUGCUCCUCGGCUGCUGGACCUGCACGCUCCACAACCCCGUCCAGUCACCAUGGGGUGCAACAUGUGUGUGGUUCACAAACCUGAGGAACAGUACAGGGUGAUGUUCCAGAAGGGUCACAUAGGAAACAUGCUGUGUUCCUUUGAUCCCGACGGCCGCCUAAAGAUGAAUGGGAAGGAGCUUUCCUGCCUCUCCGGAGACCCUACCCUGGACAUACGAGACCCCGUCCGGUGCAACAUCCCGAGGCGGGGGCCCCGCCGGCGGGGGGGGGCAGCUGGGGCGCCUGCAGGGCAGCUGACGGUGACCAUGGGCAUGGCCGACUGUGUGGACAGCUGCACCCAAACGGACAUCAGCUUCCAACAUAUGUUGACUCUGGGCAGGAGCAGCCAGCAUCCCUGUGGAGCCCCCCCACCCCCCGACCCGCCCCCAUCCCCCCCUCUACCUCCUCUCCUGGAGCCGUAUCUGCUCAAUGAGAUCUUCACGGAGCCGGUGUACUACGACCCCACCGACUACUUUGACAUCACGCAGCACGAGGUGGACCGGCAGGAUGAGCUGGAGUACGAGGAGGUGGAGCUGUACAAGUCUCGUCAGCAGGAUAAACUGGGCCUGACGGUGUGUUACAGAACCGACGAUGAGGAGGACCUCGGGAUCUACGUGGGAGAGGUGAACCCACUUAGCAUUGCUGCAAUGGACGGCCGCAUUCGCAAGGGAGACCGGAUACUACAGAUAAACGGAGUGGACAUCCAGAACAGAGAGGAGGCGGUAGCGAUCCUCACCAGAGAGGACAGCACUAACGUCUCCCUGCUCCUCGCCAGGCCGGAGAUGGAGAACGACAACCAGCUGGACGCAGACGAGCUGGAGCUGGAGCCGCUGGAGAACGCCCUGCACCUGAGCGGCUGCCACAGAGCCGGGGCCUCCGUCCUGGGCCCCGGGCCGGCUGGCGCUGCCGCCGGGGGGGGCUCCCACGGCCACGGCCCCCCCCUGUACGGGGAGCCCCCGGACCUGCUGCAGACGGUGCUGAGCAACAGCCAGGAGCUGGACAGCGGCGUGGGCCGGACGGACGAAAGCACGCGCUACGAGGAGUCGUCGGAGCACGACCUCCUGGGAGACGACCACACCAGCGCCUCCAACACCAACACCACCAACACGCCGGGCAGCAUGCGCAAGUUCCUGUCCGGCAGAGGGGACACGCCGCCCCUGCUGCACUCGCAGGAGCUGCAGUUCAGCACCGACUCCCUGCUGGGCCUGGACUGCUUCAGCACGCUGGACCAGGUGGAGCGGCUGGAGCGGGCCUACAUGACGGACCCCGUGAGGAUGAUCAUGAUGCCCGGCCUGACGGAGGAGGAGUGUGAGCGGUACAAAGAACUGCUGGAAAUCAAGUGCUUCUACGAGAAGAACUGUAGUCCCCCGGGGCUGGCGCCAGAGGAGGGCGGGGUCUCGCUGGAUGAGAACCGGAACGAGAGCCUGACCCAGCACGAGAUGGCUCUUCUGGAGGAGGAACUCCGCCACCUUGAGUUCAAGUGUCGCAACAUCCUGAGGGCGCAGAAGAUGCAGCAGCUGAGGGAGCGCUGCAUGAAGGCCUGGCCGCAGGAGGACAAGAGCGGGGCGGCGGGGGUCGGCAUGGGGGCCGGACGGCUGGACAUGACGGACCCGCUGGGGAACGAGGAGUCGUGCCACCACGCCCUGUCGGACAUCAACGAGCUGCCGGAGAGGGACCGCUCCGACAAGGACAGCACCAGCGCCUACAACACCGGGGGGGAGAGCUGCAGGAGCACCCCUCUGGUCAACGAGCAGCACCCGUCCCCCUCCACCCACAGCCCCGAGGGCGGGGACACCCUCCUCCAAACCUCCACCAGGCAGAAGGAGAGAGGGACCAGAGCCAAGCGAGGGGACGAGUCGCAGGCCAACCUGAACCAGCCCAAGUCGCCGCACGCUCACCGGAGAGGAGCCGAGGCCAAGACCUGCAGCCCCGGCUCCAAGGCCAGGUCCCUCCCCCACGAUGCCAGGAGGGGGUCGGACGCAGGGGUGAGGCGGAACCCCACCCCCGGGGGGACGGCAGAAAGGGCUGGGGGGCGAAGUGCAGAGAACAGCCCGUACCUGUCCCGCCGGCAGGCGGAGGUGAAGCUGCCGCAGCGCUACCUGAGCUGCAUGCAGCUGCGCUCGCCGUCGGCCUCCGAGCGCCUGGGCCUCAGGACCAACCCGGCCCUGGAGGGGGGGGACGACGCCAGCCCCAUGAGCCUGGGCAGCACCUGCAAGGACGUGGCCCAUACCCCCAGUACUGUGACUGUACCGCUGUCCCCGCCCCUGCUGCCCGCUUCCCCUCGCAUGGAGUGGAAGGUGAAGAUCCGGAGCGACGGCUCACGCUACGUGGCCAAGCGGCCCGUGAGGGACCGGCUCCUGAAGGCCCGGGCCAUGAAGAUCCGGGAGGAGCGCAGCGGCAUGACCACGGACGACGACGCCGUGAGCGAGAUGAAGAUGGGUCGCUACUGGAGCAAAGAGGAGCGCAAGCAGCAGCUGCUGAGGGCCCGGGAGCAGCGGCGGCGCCGGGAGUUCAUGAUGCAGAGCCGCCUGGACUGCCUGCGCGAGCGGGAGCAGGGAGGCGGCGGGGGCGGCCAGCAGGGGGCGCCACCGCAGGAACCCACCUCCAUCCUGGAGCUGUGCCACCGCAGGAGCGGGAAGAAGCGCAGCCGCAAGAUCCUGGACAACUGGAUCACCAUCCAGGAGCUGCUGGCUCACGGGAGCAGGUCUGCUGACGGGAAGAAGGUGUACAACCCGCUGCUGUCCGUCACCACCGUCUGAGACUAGACUGGGAGGAAAAUACCAACGGUUGUGGAGGGAGGAGACAGUCUGGAUGAACACGAGCUGCUUCAGGGGCAGAAAGAUUUGUGGGAUGCAAGGCAUAAAAUCUGUGAUUAAAAAUUCAAAAUGGCCCCAAAUUUGAAACAUUAGAAUAAAAACCCUUAUGGCUGAGACUGCCAGGCUAAGUGAGUCCCAGAACCACAAGAAUCUUAGCAAAAUGCACAAAAAAAACCUGGUUGAUCUGAAGACAAACGUUUUCUGCACUCGGUUUCAAAGGUAACGCGUCAGAAUAUUGUUAGAUAUGAACUUUUGCUUCUUAAAAGCUUUGAUGUCACUUUCCUGAUCUGUAAUACAUUAAACAUUAGAAUAAAAACCCUUAUGGCUGAGACUGCCAGGCUAAGUGAGUCCCAGAACCACAAGAAUCUUAGCAAAAUGCACAAAAAAAACCCAAAUAAAAACCUGGUUGAUCUGAAAUUUUUUCUUUUUUUAAUCAGAGCACAGACAGCAUUUAUUUAAACACGUUCAGGAGUCUAGUUAAACGGUUGUAUAGCAACAAAAAUGAUCCUACCAGCUGCUGAAAGUACCUCACAAAUGUAAGAUGUGUGCUGGCCUUGAUUACAUUUUUAUAAUUGACAGAAACUGGGGUGAUGAAGUCUCAAAGUCCCUUCUGUGCCAUAAAACUGAAUAACCGGUGUCCACAAAUGUUUUGAUGAAAUGCAUCUUUAUAAGAACUGUGUGCGACAUUUAAUGUAUAUGCAUUUUUUUCUGCAUUAUUACAGUGUUUCAUGUGUUCACAAAUGCUCCUUUGUUUUGUCGGCAUCGUUGUGCGACUACGGAUGCGUCUUGAUUACGAGGAGCUGAGCGGUGCCUUCACUUCAGGCAGACUUGACUGUAGAGCACAAGGUUCAAUGUGACUGAGCAGAAAGACUAAAAAAAUUGUAGUAGUGAAAUAAAAACAGGAACACAGAGCAGGUGACGUUUUUAACGCCAGAAAGUCGCAUGAAAACAAGCACAAGAAUUUUAAUCCAGAGUUGAUGGGGUUCUCAGAGUUGCUGCUGACGUGUGACAGAUCUGACAUCCCAGUCAGAGCAGAACGGGCCUUUUCAACUCAAGUUCAAGUCUUACUAACUUUAUAAGUCAAGUUGCUUUCUACCCAAGCUCUUACCAUGACAUGUAGGACUGAGAAUCAACAGCUGAAUUAUUCACAAAGCUGCUUUUGCCAUUCGAAUAUUCAAGAUAUUUCUCUGAACUUUUCAGAAUGUGCCACAUUCCCUGCAAGCUAGUACAUUUCAGCUUCUAAGAAAAUGUAAAUUUUAACACUGACUGUGACCAAGUAGUUUUUCUUUUUGCUUUUUUGCAAAUGAUUGUUAGAGAAAUACAAGAAAUUCCUUUGUAACUUCCAGCUGAAUCAGCUGUUUGCUCCAACCUUGCUCCCUUCUCAGCGACUGGAGUCUUUUCUUUCUAAAGGCCGACGGAGAAACGCUGCUGCUUUUGUUUGGCUCUCCUGCAUGUUUCAUAUCGACACACGUUUUUCCAUGUACUUGAAGGCUUUUACCAUACUGUAAUUGUGGAUGUCUACGACUUUGCUAAAAAUUAUAACCUAAAACAAAAAAAAAAAAAAAGAAGAAAUGGUGUUCUUGUUCAAUAUUGUGAUGUUGUGUCUGCCAUUUUACAG